AUGGGUGCUCAGUGGUUUGGACAUGUUUAUGAUGAAUAUAUGCCUAUGGAAGUAUUUGGAUUUGCUUUAUCCUUUCUGGUUCUGGUAGUUCACUAUAUUCACAAUAAGAGGGGUGGUCAGGAUGGGGUGAUGGCACUGAAACCUGAUCUUAGUAAGGCGUAUGAUAGAAUGGAGUGGAUGUUUUUGCGGAAGGUGAUGGAGCGUCUUGGGUUUGCACAACAGUGGAUUGAUAUUAUUAUGCAGUGUAUAUCUACAAUACGCUACUCUUUUCUUUUUGGCGGUAAGCCACGAGGCUAUGUGAUACCUUCUAGAGGGUUGAGACAGGGGGAUCCUCUCUCCCCCUACUUAUUUUUAUUGGGUGCUGAGGGCUUUUCUGCAUUGUUGCACCAGAGGGCAGCGAUGGAAACAUUACCGGGUAUAGCUAUCUGUCCUGAAGCUCCUCAGAUUAAUCACCUGCUCUUUGCGGAUGACAGUAUGCUUUAUGCUCAAGCCUCUGUUGAAGCUUGUAAUCAAAUUAAAGAUGUGCUUCGAAUUUAUGAGAUGGCGUCUGGUCAGAAGGUAAAUUUUUCUAAGAGUUCUGUUACUUUUAGUAAAAAUGUUACAGAAGCUUUACAGGGUGAGAUUGCAGAGUUGUUGAAUGUGGUGGUGGUGGUGGAGUCCCACGAAAAAUAUUUAGGGCUACCUACAUAUGUUGGGAGAGCUAAAACUGCAACCUUCCAGUAUAUUAAAGAACGGCUUGGGAAAAAGUUGGAUGGUUGGCAAGGGAAAUGCUUGACUGGGGCUGGAAAAGAUAUUCUCAUUAGGGCACCCGAUCAUAGUUCUCCUUCUUUUUCUUGGCGGAGCAUUAUGGGUACUAAGGAUCUGCUAAAGCAAGGAAUGAGGUGGCAGAUCGGUAAUGGUGCUGGGGUUCGAGUGUGGAUGGAUCCGUGGCUUCCCAAUGCCUAUCCUUUUGUUCUGGUGCCUCGGGCAAUUGGUGUGGACGUCACUUUGCUUAUAGAGGAUCUCCUUUUAGCUCCAGGGAGGUGGGAUAUGAAUAAGGUGCAGCAGCUCUUUGUUCCUCAAGAUGUGGCACUUGUGAAGUCUCUAGUGCUUCAAAACAUAUUGUCUGCGGUUGACAGAUUGGUACAAAUUGAGUCCUAUUUGUGUGUGCUGUGUGGGAUGGGGAAUGAGUCCUCGGAUCAUUUGUGCCGUUUAUGUCCUUUUACGAAGACUUUAUUGGAGUCGGAGGAGGAGCUCAAGCGAGUUUGUUAUGAGGUAACUGCAAUUGAUCGUACUUUAUUUGAUUGGUUGAACUUUUGUUUCAAGAAGCUUUCAAAAGAAGGGUGGUGUAAAAUAUUAUUUUUCAUAUGGGGUGCUUGGAAGGAGAGGAAUCAUAGAGUUUGGGAACAGGUAGAGGCCCGGGAAGGUGAUGUGCUUUUCAGCUUAGAUGCUAGGCUUACUGACUUCCAGUUCUAUAGGAGGUCAUUGCCUAGGAUUGAGAGGGGGAGUUGUAGGUGGAAACCUCCUGCUCAAGGUUGGUUAAAGGUGAAUAUGGACGGGGCUUUUUCAAGCUCUAGUUCUAGUGGAGGUAUUGGUAUUGUUGUCAGAGAUGUUGUUGGUACUUGUGUUGGGGGUUUCUGUCAAGCUCUGGAGGAUGUUUAUUCUGCAGAACAUGUGGAGGCUCUUGCUAGUAGAGCAGCUGUGAAGUUUGUACGAGAUAAAGGGUUAUCUCCGGUAGUGUUUGAGACGGAUUCUUUAACUCUUGCUAAUGCUACUAAGCAGGCUGUCAUUCCCCAUACUUCCCAAUUGGGUCGUGUGUAUGAUGACAUCAUAGAAGGGUUGAAUUUCAUUUCAGGUUCUAUGUUCAAGCAUGCUUAUCGUCAAACCAAUUGUGUGGCUCACUGUUUAGCUUAUUUUGCUUCUCUGUCUAGAUCUUCUUUAGUUUGGGAAAACAUUCCCCCAAAUUUUAUUCUUAAUGUACUUUCUUCUGAUUGUAAUUUCGUUUAA